AUAUUAUAUGCAAUUAUAUAAGAUGUGGGGUUUGGAAGUUCUGCUUCAUGAUGAAUGCAUAGUAUACAACUAAUGAGUAUUGACAUCGGUUAUGGAGAAAACACUCGGUAUCCAACGUAUAGAUACAAUUUUAGUGGUUGCUGCACUGACUCAAUCUAUAUUGGGAUCCAGCGAUUUAUAUUCUCUGUAUUUUCGCGAGGAAUUCAUGUUGAAAGAUGUGAUCUUAUUCGUCAACAGUAAUCGAAGCUGUGGAUUUAUUUUACAUGAUCUCCCAUCACUCAUCCUUCAAGAUAAUUCGAGGUUGAUAGACUCCAAUGAGACCUGUGUGCUUUUUGCUACUUAUGAACAUCUGCCAUUCAACAAGACAGUUUUGAUUAAUCAUGUGACUUUCAUUACCGAAGGAAUGAAAUACAAUUUUGAUACAAAGAGCAAUUCUUGUUAUGGAAAAAAAGUCUUGGAAAGGGUUGAACUUUUUCUUUCAUGUGAUCUCAAAACAGCAUCUAGUGGAAAAACAUGUGUUGAUGGAGGGGAUUGCAAUAGUGAAAACGCGUUAUGCAACAGGCUAUCCAAGGACGAAAAUAAAACAGGGCUUUGUAUGGAACGUCGCGAUCUUUUUGGAUCCUGUGACACUGAUAUGCAGUGUAAAUCGACCACAGAAUGUAAACAUAUUGGAGGGAGAGGGGUCUGCUACUGCCCGGAAGGAUCGGAAAUCAUUAAUGGAACAUGUUUAAAAGUUGGGAUGUCCUUGAAUGAAUCAUGUUCUCACGACCGUCAGUGCACUGGUGCUGUAAACGCCGGGAGAUGUCUACAGAACAAUCAGAGUCCAGGUGGCGUCUGUUCCUGUGACGUAGGAUUCUUUCAAGAGGGUUUGAAUUGUUCACAAGGUAAUCGACGCCUUUUCCAAUCUUGUGAAUCUGACAGACAAUGUACAGGAACUUAUGGGGCACGGGAAUGUAAAGUCAUCGCUGGUAUACAAAUGUGUCACUGUCCGGAUAAUCAUACAGUCAUUCGAGACGUUUGUAUAAAAGCUGGGUCAGUCAUAGGGGAAUCGUGUACAAUCGAUAAUGAAUGCACCGGUACAAAAAAUGGCGGGAGAUGUGUCUACAGCAAGGGCAACGGUACAGAGUCUCAAACAUGUGCCUGCGAUGAGGGAUUUCUGACAAACGGUUCCUUUUGUUUACCAGUUAACAAAACACUUUUUGAGACUUGUGAAAUAGACAAGCAGUGUAAUGGAACGUUGGGUCUGGAGAUCUGCAGAACAGUUGGCGAUCGAAAAAUAUGUGCAUGUGGACCUGAGUACAUUGAGGAUAAAACGUCCCUUAGAUGUCAUAAAGUUGGAAAACGGAUAUCCGAGUCGUGCAUGGUGGAUGACCAGUGUAAUGGGACGAAUAAUGCUGACGUUUGUGCUUAUCAGGAGAAAACAUCAACUAGAAUAUGUGUAUGCAGUGAUGGAUUUGAGUGGGUGAAUGAAUCGUGUGUACCAACUGGAAGAGAGUUACUAGAAUCAUGUGUGUUUGAUGUACAGUGUAAUGGAACUAAUAGUGCCACAAUUUGUAAAUCAUUUGGAAAUAGAUCGUUAUGCUUUUGUGAUGAAGGUAUGCUGGAAUUCGACGGAAGGUGCAUUGGAGCUGGCAGGAACCUUGGUGAUCCCUGUGAAAUGGACAGGCAGUGUACAGGAACACUGCACACUGGUGUCUGUGGUGAAAAAGGGUGGUGUUCGUGUGACCAGGGGUUCAUCGAAGACCAUAGCGAGUGUGUAAAAGAUGGACGGGUUUGGGAAAUAAUUUAUCAGUGUCUGCUUGUUGGGGCAGGCGGAGUUCUGUUUGGAAUAGUUUUUAUCAUCGUGAUACUUUUUGGUAGAUUGAGAAGAUAUUUACUAUCAAAAGCAGGGAGAUUAACUAUGCAGACCGUCCAGAAUGCGACUGAGGCAGUGUAUGGCGACCAAUCCUGUGAAUCCGCCGUUUCUAGUAAAGAACCUUCCAUGAGUUAUAAAGAAGAUGAAUGUGGAACAACACGACACUUAUAUAAUCAACUGAACGACACCAAGGAAGACGAAGAAAAUGACUAUUCUCAGCAAAUGGCCUCCUUCAGAGAGGAAAACUCGUAUGACUACGUAUACAACCACACCCGUAAAAAGGAGACGCCAAUGUGUCUGAACAUGUAUGACGUCGUGGAAACUAUUUCUGACCACGUGGUACACAGUUCUAAUGAUGUUCUUAAAUCUACUGGACUAUACGAAUUUGCCGAGCCUUUAGACAUCAACGUGUCUUAAAUAUGCGAUUUCUUGUCAAUUCGGACACGAUAAACCUGAUCUUUACCUACGGUAAUCCAUUGCGAUUUCAAUCUAAUAAUAACGUCUACGGUUCUUUUCAUCAACCUUGUCACGGAAGCUUUAACUUUGAAUAAAACCAUUUCCAAGCAAACUACUACCUACAAAAUUAGUGAAAAUGUAUGCAUGCAAUGCAUCUAUGUUUUAUAUGUUUAGCUGCGUUUUACAUUUGUAAUAUGUAUAUACCUACCCCCAACACACCAAUAUCACUCAUAAACUGACAAAAAGAUAUUGAAAUAAAACAUUUGUAGAUUUGCAGAACAACAUAUAUUCAUUUGUGAAAGGUGGAGAUAACGAACAGUGAUGAAUUUCAUAACUCCUAUAGGCAAUACAAAAUUGAUAGUUUGGCAAACACGGAUCCCUGGACACAUCAGAGGGGGGUUAUGUUCUUAGGAGGAACAAUCAUCCCCUGUCGACCGGUCACAACCGUCGUGAAUCCCAUAUUCUGUUUGUGUUUGACGUUUGAUGAAAUUGGCUCCAGUUUAAUAUAAAAUGUUUGAUAGGGGAUCCAUGGAAAUGUCUUUGCUUUUUGUUUAUUACUUUAUUAAAGACCAUUUACCAAACAAUAGGUACUAAUGAAUAUGUGUAAGAUUUGGCAUAAACAAUACUGGAAAAGUGGAUAUUCAGAACGGUGAUCAUUUCAAAUUCUUUGAAGGGUGCAACAUUAAAUGCAGGAUAAACACGAAUGCCAGGGCAUGCAAGAGAUGGCCAUCAUAUAUUAUGAGUAGUAAGCAUCCACUGAUUGCUGGUCACACCCGCCUUGAACCUUAUUUCUAAUGUUAAAUGGAAUCAUACCAUAAUGUAGAGCUUAGACAAAGUACAUAGUGUACAUAUUUGGAUUUUGUGUUAGGCUUUAUACUUUAUGACUAAAUUGAUCAUAUUACAUUACUAGCAAAGUCACAAAAAUAUACCUUGUACUUUGUCAAAAACAAAUUGAUGCAAACAGGAUAUAAAAAUGGAGUAAAUGACGAUCCAUGGUCAAUUUCAUAACUUCCAGUGAAAUUCACAUGAAAUGUACCUGACCAAGAGAUAGGGUCACGGCGGGUGUGACCGGUCGACAGGGGUGACUUACUCCUCCUAGGCACAUGAUUCCACCCGUGGUGUGUAUAAGGGUCCGGGUUUGCCCAACUGUCUGUUUUGUAUAGCUUAUGGGAUUUAUGAGAUUACCAGAGACAUUAUUUGUAGCAAUGCGCUUCUGGUGCAUCAAAAUUGGUACUGUAUAAGUUUUACAUCGAUCACCGUUCGUUAUUUUCACCUUUCAUGACAUAUUUUCAUAAAAGAUUUAUGUGAAUUUACCGUGUACAGAAAUUCACGUGAAAGUCAUGUAAGGUAUAUUUGCCUGUUCAUGUUUCUUUUUAAUAUGCAAGACGACAUUCAUAUACCGAGAUGGGAUUGUUGGACCAUCUUCCUUAAUAAACCAUUUUUUGGUCUUAUACACUGUACAUAUAAUUGUCAUCUUUUGGAAGUGUGUAUUGAACGGUUGUUAAUUAAAAAGAGUUGUGGCAAAUCAAA